AUGUCCUUCACCGUCCGCAAGAUCGGCCAGCCCUACACCCUGGAGCACCGGGUGUACAUCGAGAAAGAUGGCCAGCCUGUCUCUCCAUUCCACGACAUCCCCCUCUAUGCCAACGCUGAGAAGACAGUUCUCAACAUGAUCGUUGAGAUCCCCCGCUGGACCAACGCCAAGCAGGAGAUCUCCAAGGAGGAGUUCCUCAACCCUAUCAAGCAGGACACCAAGAAGGGCAAGCUGCGCUUUGUUCGCAACUGCUUCCCCCACAAGGGUUACCUCUGGAACUACGGUGCCUUCCCUCAGACCUGGGAAGACCCCAACGUCGUCCACCCCGAGACCAAGGCCAAGGGUGACAACGAUCCUCUCGAUGUCUGCGAGAUUGGUGAGCUUGUUGGCCACCCCGGUCAGGUCAAGCAGGUCAAGGUUCUUGGUGUGAUGGCCUUGCUCGAUGAGGAAGAGACCGACUGGAAGGUCAUCGUCAUUGAUAUCAACGACCCUCUUGCCCCUAAGCUCAACGACAUUGAGGAUGUUGAGCGCCACCUCCCCGGUCUCCUCCGUGCCACCAACGAGUGGUUCCGUAUCUACAAAAUCCCCGACGGCAAGCCCGAGAACCAGUUCGCCUUCUCUGGUGAGGCCAAGAACAAGAAGUACGCCGAGGAGGUCAUCCACGAGUGUGCCGAUGCCUGGGAGAAGCUUAUCACUGGAAAGUCUGACCGUGGCGACAUCAGCCUUGCAAGCUCCACUCUCGAGAACUCCGCUGAACGUGCCGACCCCUCCAAGCUCGCUAACAUCCCCAAGGGCGAGAACCUUCCCCCUGCUCCCGUUGAUGGCACCAUUGACAAGUGGUUCUUCAUCUCUGGUGCUGCUGUGUAA